CUCUCAUCAAAUUAAAAAAGAAAAAACCCCCAAAAAGGGUAAUAAAAAAAGGUUUGUAUAUCAAACAGAAACCCCCAAGAUCUAUUCAAUCUUGGAUUGAUUUCCAUUUCGUUCUUUCUUCCCCAUUAGAUCUAUUCUUCACGUGAAUUCCACAGAGUUAUAUACACCCAGUCACCCACCUAUACAUGUAUAUAGGUAUAUAUAUAAGCAUAGGGUGAUUGGGGGGAGGGAUGGUUCAGCUUCUGGAAGGGGAGAUUAGAAAGGGAAUUUGAUUGUGCUUUGUGUGAGUGUUGUAUGUGUAUGUGUAUGUAGUGUCUUCUUUUUGUGUGUCUAGGGUUUGACUGAAAUUGACUAGUAUGGCUACUUCGGAAGCUUUGUCUGUGAUUCCGGCUGCGGUUCUCCGGAACCUCUCGGAUAAGCUCUACGAGAAGCGCAAGAAUGCAGCUCUCGAGUUGGAGGGGAUUGUGAAACAGUUGGCUGCAGCUGGUGAUCAUGACAAGAUUACUGCGGUGAUCAAUUUGUUGACCGAGGAGUAUACGUACUCUCCCCAAGCCAAUCACCGGAAAGGAGGAUUGAUAGGGUUAGCUGCAGCAACUGUGGGUUUGACUUCUGAAGCAGCACAGCAUCUUGAGCAAAUUGUGCCACCUGUACUGAACUCCUUUUCGGAUCAAGAUAGUAGAGUUCGUUAUUAUGCAUGUGAAGCUCUGUAUAACAUAGCAAAGGUGGUGAGGGGGGAUUUCAUUGUGUUCUUCAAUCAGAUAUUUGAUGCUUUGUGCAAGCUUUCAGCAGACUCAGAUGCCAAUGUGCAAAGUGCUGCUCAUCUUUUAGAUAGACUUGUGAAAGAUAUUGUCACUGAGAGUGAUCAAUUCAGCAUUGAAGAAUUUAUUCCAUUGUUGAGGGAGCGUAUGAAUGUCCUCAAUCCUUAUGUACGCCAAUUUUUGGUUGGUUGGAUCACAGUUUUAGACAGUGUUCCAGAUAUUGAUAUGCUUGGUUUCCUCCCUGAUUUCCUUGACGGUUUAUUUAAUAUGUUAAGUGAUUCUAGCCAUGAAAUACGACAACAGGCUGAUUCUGCACUUUCAGAGUUCCUUCAGGAGAUUAAGAACUCUCCAGUAUCUGUAGAUUAUGGUCGAAUGGCUGAGAUAUUGGUACAGAGAGCUGGCUCACCUGAUGAAUUUACUCGGCUGACUGCUAUCACAUGGAUAAAUGAGUUAGUAAAACUUGGUGGGGAUCAAUUGGUUCCUUAUUAUGCUGAUAUUUUGGGAGCAAUUUUGCCUUGUAUUGCUGAUAAAGAAGAGAAAAUAAGAGUUGUUGCUCGUGAGACAAAUGAUGAACUUCGAUCUAUCAAAGCUGAUCCUGCUGAGGGAUUUGAUGUUGAAGCACUCCUCACUAUUUCUAGGAGGCAGUUGUCUAGUGAAUUUGAGGCAACACGGAUUGAAGCAUUGCACUGGAUGUUCACCUUGCUAAAUAGACAUCGCAAUGAGGUCUUGGUCUUUCUGAAUGAUGUUUUUGACACUCUUCUGAAGGCUCUUUCAGAUCCAUCUGAUGAGGUUGUGCUUCUGGUACUUGAGGUGCAUGCAUGCAUAGCUAAGGAAAAGCAACACUUCCGUCAGCUUAUUGUUUUCUUGGUUCACAGUUUCCGAGUCGACAAUUCACUCUUGGAGAAACGUGGUGCAUUGAUAGUUCGGAGGCUGUGUGUGCUUCUGGAUGCAGAGAGAGUUUAUAGGGAACUUUCUACCAUACUUGAAGGGGAGUCAGAUUUGGAUUUUGCAUCAGUGAUGGUUCAGGCCUUGAACCUGAUUUUGCUCACUUCAUCUGAGUUGUCUGAUCUCCGUGACCUCCUGAAACAAUCACUAGUCAAUACUGCUGGAAAGGACUUGUUUCUUUCUUUAUAUGCGUCAUGGUGCCAUUCUCCUAUGGCCGUAAUAAGCCUCUGCUUUCUAGCACAAGCAUACCAGCAUGCUAGUUCUGUUAUUCAAUCUCUGGUUGAGGAGGAUGUGAACGUGAAGUUCUUGGUCCAGCUAGACAAAUUAAUCAACCUCCUGGAGACUCCUACCUUUGCUUAUUUGAGGCUGCAGCUUCUUGAACCUGGAAGAUACAUCUGGUUGUUAAAAGCCUUGUAUGGUUUGCUUAUGUUGCUACCGCAGCAAAGUGCUGCCUUUAAAGUUCUUCGGACUAGGUUGAAAACUGUACCCAAAUACUCCUUUAGUGGGGAGCACUUAAGGAGAACACCAUCUGGGAAUCCUUAUUCUCAAAUAAGUUAUUUGAGGGGUGGAUCACACAUUUCAGAGGAUGGCGACACAAGUGAAGAUUCUCAUGAUAUGCACAACGCAAUAAACUUCUCUUCAAGGCUGCAGCAGUUUGAACAGAUUCAGCAGCAGCAUCGUGUACAUUCUAAGUCUCAAGCUCAUUUGUCCCAUAACUCCAUGUCAUCAACAAAGUUUGUUCAGGAGGUACAAAGACCCGAAGAUUCCAAGCGACCUAACCAAGCCCAAGACUUGAGUAGACCUCCUUCAAGGUCAUCUCGUAAGGGCCCUGGACAGUUGCAGCUUUGAUCAUUUUGCUAUCACUCCAAAUUGAUGUCAAAUUUAUACAGCAAUGUAAUGCUUUUGGGAAAGUCCAGUUGUGUUCUAUUAUAACUUGUAAAUUGGCGGUAUAUCCUAGUAGUUCGUUCAUCAUUUUGACCAUUGCGAUAUGCUGGAAUGGCAGGAAUCGGGUGCUGAAACUAGCCUUGGGGUUGUUCCCAAGCUAUUCUUUCAUGUUUUUAGUGAACAAUGCUCAUAUGGUAAUGUUGUUUUUUAUUGAAAACCAUAUGGGCAAUAGGUAGAUGUUAGGAUAUCUGUAAGUUUAUAUUAUUUGAUAAUUCCAUGUAACAACAACUAUUUUGUUGUAAACUCUAUUCAUAUGUAUAAUGGCCUUUUGGAUCAUCCUUCCAUUUUAUCCA